AUGUUAGACCACUGUGCCCAAGCCACACUUAUUACUGAAAAUGCAUCACAAACUUUAAGAUUACAGUCAUUUAAAACAUUUGCUCAAAUUAGUGGAGUUUGUAAAAAUAAAUCUAUUACUACUCAUAAAUAUGUAAAUUUAGUACUGCAAUCUAGAACAGAACCUAGUUUUGAAUUGAAAUGUAGUGCUCUUGUUGUACCGUCCAUCACACAUUACCAACCUAUACCAACAAAUAAGGGAAAACUUCCAAAUAUCGAUAAUUUUCAAUUAGCUGACCCAGAAUUCUUAAAUCCUGGAGAAAUUGAUUUACUACUGGGUGGAGAUGUUUAUGGUGAGAUAAUUUUACCCGAUCAAAAGAAAUUUGAAAAUAGUAUUUUCUUACAGUACACCCACAUUGGUUGGAUUGUAUCUGGACCCACUUCUAAAUUCGUUUAUAGUGACCUCAUUAAUGUGAAUAUUUGCUCAUUAGAAGAACAAUUAAAGGCCUUCUGGCUUCAAGAAGAAUUACUAGAAAAGAGAAAGAGGACAGAAGAAGAAGAACUUUGUGAAAGAUAUUUUAAAGCAACAACAACAAGAGAUAACACGGGUCGAUACAAAGUUUCUUUGCCGUUUAAAAAUAUAAUUAAAGGUGAACCAAUGCCAAUAUUUAGUAUGACUGAUUAUAGCGCACUUUCACGAUUGAAAAAUAUGGAAGCAAAAUGUAAACAAAAUCCUAAAUUUGGGGACGCUUAUUAUAAAUUUAUGACUGAAUAUGAAAACUUAGAUCACAUGAAAGCGGUUGGUGUAUAUCCCAAUGAUUUGGAAAGAAAUUGCUACUUUUUACCACACCAUGGAGUUUGGAGGGAAAGUAGUUCCACAACGAAAUUAAGAGUGAUGUUUGACGGUAGCGCUAAAAAUUGUACAAAAUCAUCAUUAAAUGAUGAAUUGGCUGCAGGGCCAGCACUUCAAAAUGAUUUACCUACUACUGUUAUACGUUGGAGACGUUUUAAAGUUGGCUUUCGAUCAGACUUAGAAAAAAUGUUUCUCCAAAUUAAUGUUAUAAAUGACCACCAAAAGUACCAACAAAUAUUGUGGCGUAAAAAUACCAAUAGUGAUAUCAAUAUCUACAAAUUAUCGACAGUUACCUACGGUACAACUUCUGCCCCUUUUCUGUCUAUGAGAGUACUACAUCAAUUAGCAGAAGAUGAGAUUGAAAAUUAUCCAACAGCAAGUAAAGUGCUCAUCUCUGAUACUUACGUUGAUGAUAUAAUUUCAGGUGCUGAUAAUUACGAUGAAGCUAUUCUGCUACAACAACAGUUGUCCAAAAUGUUAAAAAAGGGCGGUUUUACGCUAAGAAUGUGGAUCUCUAAUGACAGACAAUUUAUUAGUAGUAUACCUAUUGAAUAUAGAGAGAUUAAGGACGUAUUUGAAAUAGAUAAAACCGACAGUGUUAAAGCUCUAGGUCUGGAAUGGAAUGUCAUCACAGACUCCUUCUCUUUUAAAGUUAACUUUAAGCGUAAUGAUACAGUAACCAAAAGAAGUAUACUUUCUGAUGCUGCAAAAUUAUAUGAUCCGUUAGGGUGGCUGUCCCCAUCAACAAUUAAGGCAAAGAUAAUGUUUCAAAGGCUGUGGUUGUUAGGAGUAGACUGGAAUGACCCCCUUCCCCAACAUAUAGUAUCCGAAUGGCUAACAUAUAUGGAAAAUUUAAAAGGAUUAGAAAUUAUUAAAAUACCUAGAUGGAUCGGAUUAGUUAAAACAGCUAAACUUGAGCUACACGCAUUUAGUGAUGCGUCCACAUUAGCGUUUUCAGCCGUAGUUUAUUCUAAAGUUACUGAUGUUGAAGGUAAUUCCGUAAUAAGUCUCCUACAAGCUAAAACAAAAGUAAGUCCUCUUAAAAGACUAUCUAUUCCAAGGCUAGAAUUAUGUGGCGCUACACUUUUAGUCAAGUUAGUUAAUAAAAUCCACACAAAAUUUGAACAUAAAAUUGAUAAUAUCACUUAUUGGACUGACAAUACAACCGUUUUAUGCUGGAUAAGAGGUCAAUCUUCGAAAUGGACAGUUUACGUUGGUAAUAGAGUAGCUGAUAUUCAAAGGUUUUCAAACGCAGAGCAGUGGAAAUAUAUAGCAUCCAAUGAGAAUCCUGCUGAUUGUGCGUCCAGAGGCAUACUCCCAAGCGAUCUUGCUAAAAAUGAUAUGUGGUGGACGGGCCCUAAAUGGUUGAAAGAGAACAUACAAAACUGGCCAAUACAACCCUCGUUAAAUUAUGAAACUACUGAGGAAAUAUCUAAGUCAUAUUAA